CACUUAUCAGUCUUAGUCCUCAGAGCGGAACCCAGGCGUCCGGCCCCCCACCCUCUGGGCGGGCAUGGAGCCGAGGCUUUAGAGCCUCCCAGCCUGCCUUGUUCCUGUCCCAUUGUGUAUGGGGCAGGGGCGGGGCAAGGGCCAGCACUAGAGAACCCCCUCCCACCACCCUCUCCCCUUCCUAAGGAAAAGGCCUGGGCUCCACUCACUCAGAGUGCCAGAACUGGGGCGAGGCUGAACAUGGGCAACUUGAAGAGUGUGGGCCAGGAGCCCGGGCCCCCUUGUGGCCUGGGGCUGGGCCUGGGCCUGGGGCUAUGUGGCAAGCAGGGCCCUGCCUCCCCGACCUCAGAGCCCAGCCGGGCACCGGCCCUGGCGCCCCCACCCUCGCCCCCACCAGCACCAGACCACAGCAGCCCCCCACUCACCCGGCCUCCAGAUGGGCCCAAGUUCCCUCGUGUGAAGAACUGGGAGGUGGGGAGCAUCACCUAUGACACCUUGAGUGCCCAGUCACAGCAGGAUGGGCCCUGCACCCCAAGACGCUGUCUAGGCUCUCUGGUAUUUCCACGGAAACUACAGAGCCGGCCCUCCCAGAACCCUGCACCCCCUGAGCAGCUGCUGAGCCAGGCCAGGGACUUCAUCAACCAGUACUACAGCUCCAUCAAGAGGAGUGGCUCCCAGGCCCAUGAGCAGAGGCUUCAAGAGGUGGAAGCUGAGGUAGCAGCCACAGGCACCUAUCAGCUUCGGGAAAGCGAGCUGGUGUUCGGGGCCAAGCAGGCCUGGCGAAACGCUCCUCGCUGCGUGGGCCGGAUCCAGUGGGGGAAGCUGCAGGUGUUUGAUGCCCGGGAUUGCAGCUCUGCCCAGGAGAUGUUCACCUACAUCUGCAACCACAUCAAGUAUGCCACCAACCGGGGCAACCUCCGCUCGGCCAUCACAGUGUUCCCCCAGCGUGCCUCAGGCCGCGGAGACUUUCGAAUUUGGAACAGCCAGCUGGUGCGCUAUGCGGGCUACAGGCAGCAGGAUGGCUCUGUGCGGGGGGACCCAGCCAACGUGGAGAUCACUGAGCUCUGCAUCCAGCAUGGCUGGACUCCAGGAAACGGCCGCUUUGAUGUGCUGCCCCUACUGCUCCAGGCCCCAGAUGAACCCCCAGAACUCUUUGCUCUGCCCCCCGAGCUGGUUCUCGAGGUGCCCCUGGAGCACCCCACGCUGGAGUGGUUUGCGGCCCUGGGCCUGCGCUGGUAUGCCCUCCCAGCGGUGAGCAACAUGCUGCUGGAAAUUGGGGGGCUGGAGUUCCCUGCGGCCCCCUUCAGCGGCUGGUACAUGAGCACUGAGAUUGGCACGCGGAACCUGUGUGACCCUCAUCGAUACAACAUCCUGGAGGAUGUGGCUGUCUGCAUGGACUUGGAUACCAGGACCACCUCAUCCCUGUGGAAAGACAAGGCAGCAGUGGAAAUCAACUUGGCUGUGCUGCACAGUUACCAGCUGGCCAAAGUGACCAUCGUGGACCACCAUGCUGCCACAGCCUCCUUCAUGAAGCACCUGGAGAACGAGCAGAAGGCCAGGGGGGGUUGCCCUGCUGACUGGGCCUGGAUCGUGCCCCCCAUCUCUGGCAGCCUCACCCCUGUUUUCCAUCAGGAGAUGGUCAACUAUGUCCUGUCCCCGGCCUUCCGCUAUCAGACAGACCCGUGGAAGGGGAGUGCAUCCAAGGGUGCCGGCGUCACCAGGAAGAAAACCUUUAAGGAAGUGGCCAAUGCGGUGAAGAUCUCUGCCUCACUCAUGGGCACUGUGAUGGCAAAGCGAGUGAAGGCGACAAUCCUCUAUGGCUCCGAGACUGGCCGGGCCCAGAGCUAUGCACAGCAGCUGGGGAGACUCUUCCGGAAGGCUUUCGACCCCCGGGUCCUGUGCAUGGAUGAGUAUGACGUGGUGUCCCUUGAGCAUGAGACGCUGGUGUUGGUGGUGACCAGCACAUUUGGGAAUGGUGAUCCCCCAGAGAAUGGAGAGAGUUUUGCGGCAGCCCUGAUGGAGAUGUCGGGUCCCUACAACAGCUCCCCUCGGCCAGAACAGCACAAGAGUUACAAAAUCCGCUUCAACAGUGUCUCCUGCUCAGACCCACUGGUGUCCUCCUGGAGGCGGAAGAGAAAGGAGUCCAGUAACACAGACAGUGCUGGGGCACUGGGUACCCUCAGGUUCUGUGUGUUCGGGCUGGGCUCCCGGGCAUACCCCCACUUUUGUGCCUUUGCUCGUGCGGUGGACACACGGCUGGAAGAGCUGGGUGGGGAGCGGCUGCUGCAGCUGGGCCAAGGAGAUGAGCUGUGUGGCCAGGAGGAGGCCUUCCGAGGCUGGGCCCAGGCCGCCUUCCAGGCCUCCUGUGAGACCUUCUGCGUGGGAGAGGAUGCCAAGGCUGCCGCCCGGGACAUAUUCAGCCCCAAACGGACCUGGAAACGCCAGAGGUACCGGCUGAGCGCCCAGGCUGAGGGCCUCCAGCUGCUGCCAGGACUGAUCCAUGUGCACAGGAGGAAGAUGGUCCAGGCUACUGUCCUCGCAGUGGAAAACCUGCAAAGCAGCAAGUCCACCCGGGCCACAAUCCUGGUGCGCCUGGACACUGGAAGCCAGGAGGCGCUGCAGUACCAGCCAGGGGACCACAUUGGCAUCUGCCCGCCCAACCGGCCUGGCCUUGUGGAGGCGCUGCUGAGCCGGGUGGAGGAUCCACCGCCACCAGGAGAGCCAGUGGCAGUGGAGCAGCUGGAGAAGGGCAGCCCCGGUGGCCCACCCCCCAGCUGGGUUCGGGACCCUCGCCUGCCCCCAUGCACACUGCGCCAGGCUCUCACCUUCUUCCUGGACAUCACUUCCCCGCCCAGCCCUCAACUCCUUCGACUGCUCAGCACCCUGGCUGAAGAGUCCAGUGAACAGCAGGAGCUUGAGAGCCUCAGCCAGGACCCCCGGCGCUAUGAGGAAUGGAAGUGGUUCCGCUGCCCCACACUGCUGGAGGUACUGGAACAGUUCCCAUCGGUGGCACUGCCCGCCCCCCUGCUCCUCACCCAGCUGCCCCUGCUCCAGCCCCGGUACUACUCGGUCAGCUCAGCACCCAGUGCCCACCCAGGAGAGAUCCACCUCACAGUAGCUGUGCUGGCAUACAGGACACAGGAUGGACUGGGCCCCCUUCAUUAUGGAGUCUGCUCCACAUGGCUAAGCCAACUUAAGGCCGGAGAUCCUGUACCCUGCUUCAUCAGGGGGGCUCCCUCCUUCCGGCUGCCACCUGAUCCCAGUCUGCCUUGCAUCUUAGUGGGUCCUGGUACGGGUAUUGCCCCCUUUCGGGGUUUCUGGCAGGAGCGGCUGCACGACAUUGACAGCAAAGGGCUGCAGCCCGCCCCCAUGACUCUGGUGUUCGGCUGCCGAUGCUCCCAGCUCGACCACCUUUACCGCGACGAGGUGCAGGAUGCCCAGCAGCGCGGAGUUUUUGGGCGCGUCCUCACCGCCUUCUCGCGGGAGCCCGACAGCCCUAAGACGUACGUGCAGGACAUCCUGCGGACGGAGCUGGCUGCUGAGGUGCACCGCGUGCUGUGCCUCGAGCGGGGCCACAUGUUUGUGUGCGGCGACGUCACCAUGGCAACCAGCGUCCUGCAGACGGUGCAGCGAAUCCUGGCGACGGAGGGCGACAUGGAGCUGGACGAGGCCGGCGACGUCAUCGGCGUGCUGCGGGAUCAGCAACGCUAUCACGAGGACAUUUUCGGGCUCACACUGCGCACCCAGGAGGUGACAAGCCGCAUACGCACCCAGAGCUUCUCCUUGCAGGAGCGGCAUCUGCGGGGCGCGGUGCCCUGGGCGUUGGACCCGCCCGGCCCAGACACCGCCGGCCCCUGAGAGCGCUCGUUUUCCAUCCCAGUUCCAAGAGAGGGGCCGUCAGUCCACUCUGGCUCUGCCCCUCUCCUGCGGGCGUUACCAGCCACUUGUCCCCUCCCGAGGUGCCUUCCCGUCUCUGUCCAGAGUCUGCCCUAAGUCGCCUUCUUCCCAGGAAUGAGUGAAAUGUCCUUCCUCGCCCCAGGUCCCGACGCCCCCUGGAGCAGGGGUAUUCCAGGGCCUACUGUCACCCCUUUUGUGUUCCUUAGGUGAAUUU